CAAAAUGACAUGCUCAUGAUAACCAACUCAAGGAUGGUACAAGGGAGCAUGACUCAAACAGGAUCUCUUCCGAUCGAAAGACCAUCAAAUGAUCCAGAAUGGACGUAUGACAUGCGAAGGACAGCACAAAGCAUUUUGCCAUAUUUAUACCUUGGGCCAGUAGAAGCGGCUAGAAAUUUGGCAUUAUUACACUCAAACGGAAUCACGGCAGUUUGCAUCUUACGAACACAAGCUGAAGCGAUGUACCUUAAACCCAAGUACCCUCAAACAUUCACCUAUCAAGUCUUUGAAAUCUCAGAUUCAGAUGAUCAAAAUUUGAUCAAAAUCGCUCCUUUCUUUCGACAAUUUAUCGAAGCCGAAUCUGCAAAGCCGAAUGGUCGAAUUUUGGUACAUGAUGAAGGAGGUAUGAGCAGAGCUCCGGCAAUGGUGAUCCUAUAUCUAAUCGAAAAAUACGGAGCUUCUUACGAGGAUGCAGCCGCUUUUGUGCAGAGGAAGCGUUAUUGCACACAUCUCAAUAUAGGAUUCACACAACAAUGCAGGGCCUUUCAAGAUAUCUGCAGAGCCCGCGAAACCGUUGCUGGCUACAACUCCAGUGUGCUUCUAAAUGAUCAGAAUCCUCAUAGAAAGCGAGUACUGGAAGAAGACGAAGAGUAAGUAUCUUUACACAGCUUGAUUAUGUUCGUCAUUAACCUCCUUCUACUCCCCGUCAGCAGUGAAAUGGCAAAUCACAC